AUGGCGACGCAGGCGGCGUUGAUCGCAGAUACUAUUGUGGGAAUGAAGAGGGCCCUCCGCAGAGAGCGCGACGACGUCCCUCCCGAUGACCCCAUCUCUCAGCCGACGAACCGCGGAAACAAAUUGCGGGCAAAUGCGAAGUAUGUCCGUGAAGGAGCAAUGGGCUAUAUCCACGGCGAGGAUUUGUACAAAGAGAAAAUUGAACAUGCCGGUUACACGCGUUAUAUUCUCCAACGGAAUCCGAUACGCUACGACUCUGAAGGUGAAGAGCUGGAUGAGGAUGACGAAGAUUCCGAGGCCGAUGCAGCGGCUGCUGAAGAAAACCCAUUCUCCGGGAUUGCGCUUGAGACCCUCCUCUGUCCCCUGAAGCACCCCUCAGAGCUCCCCACCCACCCCUCGCUCUCCCAACCCUACACCUCCCAGGCUCUCGAGCAGAUGGCCAUGGGUGUCGAAGCCAAGCUCCGCGAGGAACGUGCCUUGCUCUGGCGUGCCAGGAACCUGCACCAAAAAUUCCUUGGUGAUGGUAGCUGGAUGCCGUGUGGUGUGAUUGAAACUCCGGAAGACCGAUGGAUUUUUGAGCCGAGAAUUGUCGAUGAACACCAGAGUGCAUCGGGCAGUGGGUAUGGAUUGGGUGGACCCGAAACACCUCUGACCACUGGAGAGAAUAAUAUCGCGCAAGACGGAGUGACGUCGGCGACGGCGUCUGUCCUGGAACCGCAACAGGAGCCUGUGGAUGCUGAUGUAGAGAUGGCAGAAGUUCCAGCACCCUCUGAGGAUGCACAUGCGAACAAUGGCACUCCGGAACAAAUGAAGGAGCCCAAGGCAGAGGAGGCAGAUGGCACGGUCAAGGAUCUUCCACAGCAUACCGAGGCCGCACCUGGUUCAGCACAUGAGAAGCGCUCAGCGAGUGGCCCCGCUGACCAGAACACAACCGCAAACUCCGGUGGGAACCCGGAUGAAAUGGACGUGACCAAGGAUACCGAUAAUGCAGAUGCGGAAGGACACGCGCAUAUGGAUGAGACCGGGCAAGAUGCAGAAAUGCACGACGGUUCAUCACCGGAGCCACCGCGUCGUAUGACAACCCGCGCGCAGACCAACGCAGCCAAUCCACAAGCCGAAGAUGGCGAGUCUCCUUACUCUUCAGCCGACACGACCGGCUCCCUGCCAACACCACAUCCCCUCUUCCUCAUCCCGGACAGUGUCCGCCCAGACGCCAACUUCGGUCUACCAGCCACCGAGGCGGAAGAAACACGACGUCUACUCUGGUCCUACAUCCAGAAACAGGAAGAGACAGUUCGCGGGUUCGAGCACAUGCUCGAGUCACUUCUGCGUGCCUGCCGUAUGAAGUCCGAUGUACUGGAAUGGUCCAAGGCAGAAGGCCAUAUCGGAGAGAUGAGCGACGGCGAAGACUGGUACGAUCGCGAGAAAUGGGGGCUCGCCGAGGGUGAGGACCUCAAGAAGGGCACGGAUGAGGACGAUGUCGAGACCGUGGAUGACAGUCGCACAACCGCGAAGCGCAGCCGCCAGCGACGCGCGUGA